AAAAAAGCGUGCACCGGGGAACGGCUUCAAAUGUAGUGGUACCUAUUAUUCAGCGUCAGUACUUAUACUAAACUGUGCUCAGUACUCGAUAGUUAAUAGUUCAACACUCAUCACUCGUUCAGUUGCUUGUUGAAUAACCGAGCGUUUGAUUUGGUGGUGUAGUGUAUGGGGUUUACCUAGCGAUUUUUCUUGUUUUUGAAGUCAAUUACUGAAAAUCGUCGGAAUCAUGCCAAACAUAAUUAACGAAGUAAAGUUGGACUUUAAAGACGUGCUUCUCAGGCCCAAAAGAAGCACCCUAAAGACACGAGCCCAAGUGAGUGCUAUUAUACGAAAUGCAAUAUUUUUACAUAUCUAUUAUAGUAAAUAUAUUAUUGGUAUCGCGUAUAGCUAGAUGCAUGAUAUAUAAAAUAUUUAGGUAACAAUAAUUAUACAAAAAAUAAAUAUAGUAAGUAAAUAUAUAAAUAAAAAUUAAAUAAAUGAAUAAAUGCGUUGCCUGGAGUAUUAUGAUACAAUUGUCAAUUAUUAUGUAAAUUUUUUAUUUAUAUAUUUAUUUAUGAGCAUUAACCAUUUUAAUAAUUUUGUUUUAUUUUAUAAAUAAAUGAAUCAAGUAGGUACCAAAAAAGGGUUACUUCAACAACACUAGAAACUGUUCAUUUUCAUUAAGUAAAUUAUUCACAAUUUUUUGUUAUUAAUUUUUUGUCAGGUGGAUUUAGUUCGACAUAUUACAUUUCGUAAUUCCAAACGUACAUAUCAAGGAAUUCCAAUAAUGGCUUCCAAUAUGGACACUAUUGGGACAUUUGAGAUGGCAGCUGCUCUCGGAAAAGUAAGUAUUAAUUUGACUCAAUUUACACAUUGUAAUCAAUAGUUGUGUUUCUGAUAUGUAGGUUUUCAUAAAAUGAUUUCCCAUUUUUGGGUUAUGUAAUUCAAUAUUAAUAUAGUAUAUUCUAUUAGGCAUAUUAUAAUAUUAAUAUAGUAUAUUCUAUUAGGCAUAUUAUAAUAUUAAUAUGUUAAUAAAAUCAAAUCAUUUUACAGUGUAAAGAUAGUGAGAUACACCUAAAUAUCUAUUUUUAUUAUGUUUAUAUUUUCCAUAAAAUAUUAAUUUUUUAUUGUUUGGUAGUUCUUAUAAAAAUUUGAUUUUAAUAUUUUAACAAUUCAUAUUUUUUUGUGGAAGAUAGUUAUUUUUUCUGCUAACAAACAAUUGCACAGUCUUAAUUACCCAAGUAAUAAAUUAGUUUUAAAAUUUCCAUUAUGUAUGAACUAAAAGAUUUUGAUUCUUAAUAAAAAUAUAACCAAAAUUCCAGUACAAACCUGUUAAUUUUAUAAGUGUAAUGAUAAAUUCUCUGCAUUUGAUGUGUUUGACCUACUUAGGUAUUUAUUUUCCAUCAUUCUGUCAUUAUAACAAUGAUAUUUUAAAACACACCUUAUGUUUAUAAAUAGAUUAAGCUCAAGUAUAAAAAAGACAUUUGAUGUUUUACUUGGCAAUUUGACAUAAAAUAUCAUUUAUCUAGGUAUUUAAUUUUUAUUCCAAAUAGUAAAUAUUUUUUUAAUUUUAUGUCCUAGAUAGUAUGAAUUAAUGGAAGGAAAAAUCUGUUUAUUUUGUAUGUGGACCUUUAUAUCUUACAUUUUUAUGUGAUCUCCAUGUCCCCUUAAUGGCUUAAACAUAAUAUGUUAUAUUAUAACACAUUUAUACUUAUAUCUUAUCAAACUGUUACUCAGAAAAGUACUAAAUAUUAUUGACUUAAAUACUUGAUAAAUUUGUUUACAAUAAUAUGCUGUUUACAAACUUGAGCUAUUAAAAUUUCUAAUAUGAUAUUUGAUACUCAAGGUGUGUAUCAUAAUAUGUUUAAUUAUAAUUAAUUGUUAUCGUUUUAUAUAUUUUAUUUACAAUUUAUUUUUUUUUCUAAAAAAUAAUAGAUUUAAUGCGCUUGGUGUUAUAACUUGGUAUUUAAAUUAAACAAAGGGUACAAAGAGUAUUUAAAUGUAACUGAUUUAUUUGAAGAACAUGUAUAAUGCAUUUUUACACAUUGAAAUUUAAUAUUAUGUAUAUCAAAUUGCUACAUAAUCUAGAGUUAUAUUAUGUAUGUGAUUUAUUUAUUUUACUGGUAAAUAAUUAUUUUAAAUUUAAAACUUUGUACUAAGUAAUAAAUUAAAAUGAUAAAAUUAUUUUGUUGUAAUAAUAAAAAACAAUUACUAAAUAUAUAUUCAAAUUAUUAUUCAAGUUAUAUAUUAUAAUAACAAUAAUUUUAUUUAGGUAAUAAUAAAAUAUUAAUAUAAAAUAACAAUUUUGAAUAACUGAUUUGCCUAUUAAUAUGUUUACAGGCAUAUUCUAGUAAUUUCCAAUGAAUAUAAAAUUAUUAUUAUUUCAAUUUAUUUAGUUUAUUCUGUGAAUAAAUAGAUAAUAGUUAUGUUAUUACAGUGAUAUUACAAUCUUUAUUUAUUUCUAUUCAAGAUCUUCAAUAUUUUCUUAUAUAGUAUAAUAUUUUUAUAAGUGCGAGUGAAAAUAUAGUAACCAGUAACUAAUUUAUCUAAAAUGAGCUAGGUACUAAAUAAAUAGAAGUUAGAUUAUAGAUAUCAUUAAACGAGAAACUAGUUAAAUGGAUAAUAGUUAAUUGAUUUAAAGAAAUUUUUUAUAUUAUAAUCCAGAUUUAUAUCUUUAAUUAGGAUUGAUCCAAAUUUGGUGCUCAACAUUAGUGUACAUCAUUAUAUUUUGUAUACAAUACAAAUUUUUAAGGGUUUUAAUACAAGUUUAAAUUAAUCUACACAAAAAUCAUGUUUAAUAGAAAAUAUAUUUAAAAUUGAAAUUUAAUUUUUUAGGAAUUAAAUACUGGUUAAAAUUUAUUUGUGUUAUUUUAUUCACCUAUACACUGGACUUUUAAAGGAUUAACUCUGGGAUUAACUUACAGUCCUACAGUUUAUAAAUAUAAAAUAAAUAAAUUAACCAUAUUAAAUUAUGUUUUCGGAAGUAUUGAAAUUUAUAUUAUGAGUAUUUAGUUACAUUGUUCAUCUUCGAUAUUAUUUGAUUUAUGCAUACAAUUUAUUUCAUUUUUUUUUUUUAUCAAUUUUAUGUUAAUUGAUUUAAUAUUUUCGUAUAACUUUCAGAUAGUUAUUAUUUUAUUAAAUAAUAUACUUUCACCUUACGACAAACAUUAUUUAUUUUUUUUUUCAAGUGUUUGUCGUUAAGUGAAAAUAAAGUCUUUUAUCAGACAAAACCUUUGUAUGUUUAGCCAUUUAGGUAUAUAAUGUAUGUUUAAUAUCUAGCCGAUAAAUUUUAAAUGUGUAGAUUAGUCUCAUAUAAUAUAUUAUUGACACUGUGGUGAUUAUUAUUCGUUAUUACUUUUUAAUGACUAUAAAAUUAAGAAUUAUUAUAUGCAUUUAUAUUUGAAUAGUGUUUAUUUUUAAAUUCAUUAAUUUUGGAUAUUUUGCUGACCAAAUAUACUUGUAUAAUUUACUAAAAUAUUUAGUAGGUAAUUAGGAACUUAUUGUUGUUAUUAUUUUUAUAUUGUCUUUCUUUAUCUUCUUUGUGGAUAUAUAGUGUAUAAUGUGUCUAAACAUCCACCAAUAAUUCUAGCACCGGUGCUAUAAGAUUCUUACUGUCCAACACAAAAAGAAGAUUGCAUUUUUAAAUUUAAUUUUAUCAAUUAACAAAUUAGAAAACAGACUUACCUAAUGCAAUAUUUAAAAGAUCGACAAAUUGUAUAAUAACUGUAUUUUAUCUAGUAGGGUGUUGAUUUAACAUUGGUAAUAUAAAUUUAGAAAUGAAUUGAUUUGUAUUUGUUUUUAUCUAUUUCGGGGUUUUCUAUAUUAAAUGAAGGUCAAAUUGAUUUGUGUAUGGUAUGUAUAUUGUACCUAUAACAUGAUAAAUAUAAUAGGUUCAAUAGUUAAUGUAAAAUAAUAUUUUAAAUAUUCUAUUAUAUUUUGCAGUUUUUAUGAAAACAAUUUAUAAUAGAUAACUACGUGAACUUUUUGUUUUUAAUACUUUAUGUAGCACGUGUAAGUUGUUUGCUAUGAUUAUUUAUUAUUUUUAGUAAUAUGAUAAUAUUUUUCACGUGACAGAUUGCAAAAUACUUUUCUUGAAAAAAAGAAUAUUAAAAUAUAUAUCAACUCGAUAAUAAAUAUUAUAGUACUUAUCAAUUUCUUAUUAUUUUUAGUAUUUUAUUAUUAUUCUAUAAAAUUAAAUUGUGUUAUUUUCUUUUAAAAUUCUUUUGAUAUAUCAUUAGUUACGUUAUUGUAUUUUUGUUAUCAAAUAAAUUUGCUUUCAUGUGCUAUUACAGUAUUGAAGUACCUACCUGCAAUAUAAUAUAUAUAUUUUUUUUAAACCAUUUUUUCUUAAUUUUUAUUUUCUUAGAUAUAAUUGGUACGCUCAUACAGCCUAUGUUAGUGAUAUUUAUUUACUAUUUUGAUAAUUAUUAAAAUAAUUUAGUUGCUAAAUCACUUUUAAAAGUACCUAGACAUUGUUCAUUGAUCCAUUAAUAAGUAUCUGCCUACUGUAAUAAAAAAAAAAUAACUUGAUAAGGCAUGAUUAGUUGACAAUUAUUGUUCUAGUAGAAUGAUGAUUGCUGAAUUACUUGCUAGGUAUUCUGCUUAACUAGUAAUAUAGUCUAUACUAAUCUUUAGUAUCUCAAGUCAGAUUUAAAAGUUGAGGACUUAUUCAAAAUCAGGAUAGCUGGAAAAAGCCUGGAAUAUUUAAGGAAUUGACAUGUUAUUAAGAAAUGUUAACUUCAAAUUAUGUUUGAAAAUAUUAUUUAUUUCAUUAUUUUGAAAAAAAAAAAAAUAUUUAUAUAAAAUAUUAAUAAAGAUAUAAUUUCAUUUCAAUUUGUAAUUAUUUAUUAUAUAACUAUUUUUGUUUAAGUUGGCUUUAAAAUUAAUAAAAAAUACCUACAAUUUAAGGUAUAUAAUAAGGUAAAUAAAAUUACCUAUAACAGUGGCUGUACUAAUCCCAUUAUUUUAGAACACCUUUUUUGUUUUAAUUUUAUAAGUGAACCCCAUAAGAAGUUCAAUAUUUAAAAAAAACAGUUGAUACUGGGGACUGGCUUGCCACUGUUGUAGGUGGGAUGUUGGAAAUGUAGGGUAUAUUAAAUUAUUUAAUUUGUAUCUGUAAGCAACGAUAAACCAUUGCUAAUGAAAAAGGAUAUGAAGAAAAAUUUUUUUAUACAUGUUUUGAAAGACUGUAAUACCUAUAUAAGAUUUUCACGAAAUUUGAUGUUAAAAUUCUUAAAUAAAAAAAAAUUAAGUGUAAUGUAGUUGUUAUUCAUUUAUGUUUAUUUUUACAACAAAGUACAACCUUAUAAUAAAUCUCGUCUUAAAUUUUCAAACAUUUCUGUUAAGUCUAAUAAUUUUAUUUGUGUAGCUACAAAAUGAAAAUAUCUAUAAAUGUUCAAAAAUAACUUAAAUGUUUUUAAAAUUUUACUUAUACAUAAUGUAAACAUACCCAAGUUUUAAGAAUUAAAAUAAUAAAACAAAAUUGAAAAUAAUUAAGUCAUGUUUUUGUAAAUAUUCCCGUUCUUUCAACAUUUUUUUCGGUUUAGAUGGUAGAAAAUUUUAAAUACAAUGAAAUCAGUAACACUGCGGCAUACUUUUAAUAUUUGCUGUUUUUAGUUAUAAUUUUUUUCUCGUUUUUCCCAAUUAUUUUGAAAACUCAACAGAAAAUCAUAAAAAGUCCCUUGCUAUGCUCUGAAUCUAACAUACACAUAUUAACUCUUAUAUAGUAUAUAAGAAGAAAGUUUAUUAUUACAUAGUAUAAACGACACCGGAUUACCCAAAGUCCAAUGUUUGUAUAUUACCUUUUAGUUUUGAGAGAUUACAGUAAUAUUCACUAUUUACUAUUUAUACAAAUUGAUUUCAAAAGUCCAACUUUAUUUUUCAUACUAAAUAUAUUUCUAAAUUAUUACAUUUUAUUUUUUAAUAUUAAUGUUUGAUUAUAUUUGUGUUUAGCAUGGAGUAUUUACUACUAUUCAUAAGUACUAUGAACUUGAUGAAUGGGUAGAAUUUUCCAAAAACCAUAAAGAUAUUUUACCACACAUGGCUGUUACGUGUGGUAUAAAUGAUUUUGAAUUUGAAAAACUUGAAAAAAUAUUGGAAGCUAUUCCAGAUAUAUCAUUUAUUUGUCUUGAUGUAGCUAAUGGUUAUACCCAACAGUUUGUUGAUAUUGUACGGAAAACUCGUAGUGCAUACCCUAAUCAUACAAUUAUUGUAAGUAUAUUGAAAUGUACAAAACAAUUAUUUUGUUAUAUUUAUGUAUAUAUAUUAGAGAUUUUACAUAAAUCUAGAUAAGGCGAAAAAUAUGAAAAUUUCAAUUUUUGAAUUUAAAAAUUUAAGUGUGAUUUUAUAAAAUAUACUGUAUAUACGACUAUAAUACUGUAGGUGAGAAGUUGGGAAGGCAGAAUGCAUAAGGUUAUUUCAUUUAUAUCUGUAAGCAACGAUAAAUUAAUGUUUAAUGAGAGACGAUUCCAAGAGUACUUCGGUAUUACAUAAUUUGAAGUGUCAUAAUUUUUUUUGUGAUUUGUGAUUUUCAUUUUAAUUUAAUUUCAAAACGCUUAUUAAAAAAAAAAUAGUCGUCCAAUGAUUUUAGAAAUUUUACCACGUCUAGGAAAGUCAAAUAUAAGUAUUAUUACCAAUUUUCAAAUCUCUACUUGUUUUAAUAACCAAAUUACAACAAAAAACUCCCAAAAAUUAAAAUUCCUUAAAGGCUCAAAAGUUUUGGUAAUGAUACUGUAAGAAAGUAAAUCAAAAUUGCAACAAAAAAAGUGUAUAAAGUUAUAAAAUAAUACAAUUUUGAAAUUGUACGUUUUUCUACGUUUUUCCCACCUAAGUGCUUCUAUUUAAAUAAUGGUGUUGAAAAUCAAAUGACUUCUUAAAGUAGAAUCUAGACAACUUGAGCUUUCAGAAAAGUUGCUAUACGUAAAAAUGUCAAGUUUAUUAGGAAAAAAUGUGUCCACAGACUAAAACAAAGAAAAAAAAAAAAAUAAACAGCAUUGUAAAACCAAUAUCUCCCUUGCUAUGCUCGAAAUCUAAAAGAAAUAUAAAUAUUUUAUACCAUUGUAUAUACAAUUUACUAGGGUAAAAUUUUUGCUAGUUUAAUAUCAUUGACCUUCCGUUACUACGAGUAUUAUUUAGGCAUUAUAGUAUUCAAUAUCCUCGCGACAACUGUUACAGCCCCUAUACUUGUUUAUUUUUUACUUUAUCACCAUAUUAACCCAUAAAUGAAUAAAAAUAAUUAAAUUUAUACACUUACCAAAAAUAACAAUAAUUCUGUGUGAGACCCACUGAAGGCACGAUAGGGUAACAAAUAUCCAUUCAAGGAACUCUCGUCAUAAUCUAUCUACACCAAAAACGUAUCUAUUCUAUCGCUUUCGGAGGAGUUUUUUUUAUGUCUGACAUUAACUUAUUAUUGGUGCAACAAAAUGUUGCAAAAAAAAAAAAAAAAAAAACCCAACAAGAUAAAGUAGAUUUUAAUGUUCUUUAUAGACUAUGCAUUUAGGAAUUCAUGGAAUAUUUAGUCACUUCUUUGGAUAAUUGCAUUAUAUUUGACAUCUUUUUAAAUGAUUUUUAUUGAAAGAUAGAUACAAAAAUAAAAUUCAGUAUUAUUUUUGUGUGCACAUAAGCAACUAAUAAAAGUAUAACUAUUUUUCACAUUUUAUUAUUUGAUAAGAUUUAAUAAUUAUUAAAUCACAAUUUACAGUAAUAGAAAUGUAGGUGUAGGAUAUAGGUGGAUGAAAUUAAAAGUCCACAGCCUCUAAAAAUAAAUCGUUUUCCAGUUAUUUAUUUGGUAUAGCUUUCAAAAUAACAACAGCUUUGAACAAAGACUACUUUUUUAACCUUUGAUUUCAAUGCUUUAAAAUUGAUUUUGAAAACAAAAAUCGAAAAAACGAGCAUUUGGUCUUAACUAUUAUUGUUCCGUUGUAAUAGGAAUCAUUGUGAUAAGAUGUAUACCCAGAGAAUCUAUUUUGUCUUAAAUGUUUACUGUUCCUCUGUGUUCGCCUAUAACUCAAAUAAAAUCAUUUUUCAUGUGUUGUAUACAAUUUAUUUUAUUUAGAUUUACAGUCAAUUACAUAAAAUGAUUUUUUUCAUUAAUGUAUAUGUUUAAUAAUUAUAUUUAGGCUGGUAACGUGGUAACUGGUGAAAUGGUUGAAGAGCUCAUUUUGUCCGGUGCUGAUAUCAUUAAAGUUGGUAUUGGUCCUGGAUCAGUAUGUACUACCCGUAUUAAGACUGGUGUGGGCUAUCCUCAGUUAAGUACAGUCAUUGAAUGUGCUGAUGCUGCUCAUGGUCUACAAGGUCAUAUUAUUUCUGUAAGUGUAUAUUUUUCAAUAUUUUUAUUAUUUUGCUGGAUUUAUAAUGUAUUGUAAUUCCAAUAAAUCAGGAUGGUGGAUGUGUUUGCCCCGGAGAUGUGGCUAAGGCAUUUGGCGCUGGUGCAGACUUUGUUAUGCUUGGUGGCAUGUUAGCAGGCCAUGACCAAAAUGGCGGAGAGUUAACUAUUAAACCUAAUGGUGUUAAGUGUAAAUUAUUUUACGGUAUGAGUUCACUAACCGCAAUGAAAAAACAUGCCGGCGGUAAAGCAGAGUAUAGGUAUGUUAUUAUUAUACUGUCUUUGAGCUAAAUUAAUAUUCGAGGUUAAUGUUUAUAGAGCCGCUGAAGGUAAAGCUGUUGAAGUACCGUAUAAAGGAGAUGUGAAUGAUACUAUACUUGAUAUACUUGGUGGUCUACGUUCAGCUUGCACAUACACUGGAGCACAUAAAUUAAAAGAAUUGCCCAAGCGAGCAACAUUUAUUAGAUGUACACAACAAGUUAAUGCUGUAUAUUCUGAUAUUACUACCCGGGAAUAAUAUUAUUAAUACUAUUGUAUAAUGUAAACUAUAAAUAUACAUAAUCACAUUAGAUACGUCUUGUAUGUUAUGUCUACUGUAUGAUAUGAAAUUAUUGGUUCUAUAGAACUAUUAUUCAAAUAACUAGAAUAUAAGACUGUUUUAACUGGUUUUAUAAUAAUUUUUAUUUUUACAAAUAUAAUUGUAUUUUUGUGAUAGAAAGGACAGGGAGGGUUAAUUCAUUUUUAUAAUUAUAAUAUAAAGGUUUUGAUGUUGGUUAUUUGCUUUAAAUAAAUUAUAACUUAAAUUUUGCACAAUUUUAAUAAUAAAAUAAACUUGUUUUUUAUUUUAGUGUUUUAGAAAAUGUUUAUUAUUGUAUAUUUAGGUAAAUAAUAAAUUAUUUAUACAUUCUAAAUAUCUUUAAAAAGAUCUGAUAGAAAAUAAAUUAUUUUAUUUUGUAACAACUAAUGUUGCAAUUAAUUGACUCGUCACAUAUCUCAUACACCGUUUUACAUUUACACAUUUUUUCUAAGCUGGGGUCCAGUAUUAUACUGUAGUGUAGAAAACAAUCAUAUGUGUAAUACAGCAGAUAGUUGAGUCUUAAUAACAGAUGGAUUAUUUGGACAAAUUGGAAUAUUUUUUUUUAGAUCAUCUUUUUAUAUUGUAUGCAAUUAAUUAAAAUAAAAUUAGGAGGCCAUUGGGUACAAUUUUAUGGCAGUUUUAUUAUUUUUACUUGUAAUGGGUUGUGAUUAAAUUAAAGCUAAUAACAAAACCAUUUCAGAAAUUUAUAUAUCAUUAUGGUGUAUCAAAGUAAUAAUGGUGAAAAUAAAACUGAUGUUGCCGGUGGGUGACACAUAGUGGUAGACAUUUUAAAAAAGACAAAAAGUCAUGAGAAGUUACAACAAUAAUAUUGUAACAAAGUAAAGUAUAAUAUGUAUAUUAUUAUCUAGAAAAUAGGAUUCAGGGAUUAAACUAAAAAAGUCACUUUUUUUUCAUUCUGAAAAAAACAUGUUUUUAAUUUUAAAAUGUAAUUAUUAACCACCGUUUUUUCCUGUAGACCUAAAUUUCUGGAGCUCAUUACUUUUGACUAAUUUGGUUUUUUCACAUAAAAGAUACAGUAGGUACAUUAACACAAAUUAUUUGUUUGAUACCAAUAUGGCCAUUUUGGAAAUAAAGUGACUUGUGGUUUUUUCCCUGUACCCUUCUUAUGUAGGCAUCUAAUUUAUAUACCUUAAGUAUAAUUUAUAUAUAAAUAGUACAUAAUAAUAGCACAUAUUUUAUAAUCUCAAUGAAAAAAUCCGUUUUAAAAUAAAUUUUAUUUAUUAAAAAAAAACACUAUCGUUUAGUUUAAACCAAUAAAAACAUUUAAAAUAAAAUAGCUGUUAAAUCUUGUGUAUAGGACAUAGGUAUCUUACAAAACUCGAUUGUGACGCCUAUUUUACUGUUAACUUACAACAAUCCGCAAUAUGAUAUGAAACUAAUAAUAAUACGAAAAUGCUAUUCAACGAAAACAAUAUUGUAUAAAAUACCUAAGAGUAAAAUAUUUUGUUAUCACAGUCAUUAUAUAGUAACAAAAUUAAAAUUAUGAUAAAUCUAAGCAGAGUGGUUUUUUGAACGCAACCGUUUUACAUUUUUCAAACAUUCAAAUUUAUCUUUGAAUAUUUUUGUUUAAUUUCCUGUAAAAAUAGACUAUUACAAUGAAUUAUGUUUGUAAUAAUAUAAAUAAUACAAUAUCAUUAUAGAUACUAUAUUUUCACGCAAGGUACUAUAAUUUCAGCUAAUGAACUCAAACUCGGAAAUUAGAAUCAUUUUGUUGGUAUAUUGUUGAAGUGAUAGAAGUUAUAAAUUGAAGUCAGGUUGAAUUAAAAUAUGCAUUUCACUGUGUUGUUGCGAAAAGAUAGUAGUGAUUUUUUUUUGGAAAUAUUUCUUUUAGUUAUGUUUUUAUACAAUUUGUAUAGUUCUACAGUAUUGUAUUAUUAUACUAUUUGGUUGUUUGUUAUUUUCCUAAGCAUACUUCUGUAAAAAGCUCACUGUAAAAUUUAUUUUACUAUAAACUAUUAUAUUUUUACAUUUUUGUAAUAUGGAAACUACAAAAUGUUUUUUGAAAGUACCUAUAACCAAACUGUAUUAAAAAUUUUGAAACAAUAAUAAUCGAAUUAUUAAAUAGCUGAAUUGAAUGUGUGAUAAAGAAAUAUUGUAUUUUCCGUGUACAUUUUCACCAGACCAUGUUAAUUUUUAAAUUAUAAAUAAUGGACUUCUUUUUCAAUAAUGGAUAUUAACAGAGUAUUAUUUAUUAACAUGGUAAAGAUAAUAAAUAAAAUUAUCAAGUGAGUUAUGAUGAAUGGGUAGGAAUGUUAUUUGCAUUAAGAUUCAAGUUAAAAUUAUAAGAUCUUAGAAAGACAUCUUGAAAUUUAGAAUGUAAACACCUUAUGUGUAUUUAAGAUUGGUUCAAAUUUUGAAACAUCGCGCUGUAGCAAAUAAACUAUCACAGGCGUUAAAAAAACCACUCUGUAUAACAAACAUAUUUUAUAAAUAAAAAUAAAAAUUCAGUCAUUUAAAGAAUGUUCAAUGUCAAAACCACAAUACAAUAUACGAUGGUGGUGAACAUGGCAUUGACCCGGAAGGUGAUGGCACUGUUAGUGACCAGCUCGUGUACGGGGCUGGCCGAGAUCAACGUGCUGAGACUGAGGUCGGACAUGGCCCGAGGACUAGACGUCUCCACUAACGUAGACAGUUUUUCUGACUCUCUCAGACAAGCUUCAAGCUGGAGCUUAGAAGGGUUUUUGACCGUGGACUCGACGAGCACCAAUAUGUCCUGGUAUAUUGUCAGGUGUCCACGGACAACGCAUUCGGCCACCUGCACGUGUCUGUCCAAAGCUCUGAGCACUGAUUUCAUGCUAAGUGCGUUCGCCGCCGGCCUUUUUAGCAUGUAUAUUACCCGGUCCACUUGUUUCUGACUGCAAACCCAAAAACGGUUUAAUU